ACCCACUGAGCAUCUGAAUAGUUACCCAUGUAGGCACACUAGAACUUAAAUUGUAGUCACAUUUCAGUUCUUUGAUUUAUAUCAAUUGUAAUAUUGGAAUUAGCAGACGAUCGAGAGGAUCAACACCAAGUGACACACAGACAGUCUGGUUGAGCGGCAACGCACUAAAUGAAAAGGAAGAACUGUGGAAUUGGAAAUUGCUGUUUCAGGACGCCCCAGCUACCCUCCCUCUGUUCCGGGUUCAGGAAGUAAUAAACCGGAGUAACGCUGCGUCUACGCUCGUGAGUAGUUCUGAAAGGACCACGGUCUACUUCACAGUUCACACCCCUGGAGUUGUGACGGUCCUGAAGAGAACACUCCCCUCACACAUACUUACCAACGGACUGUGGAGGGGUGAGAAGGUUUGUGUAGAAGAGCAGGCUAAACAGAAGAGACGUUAAACAGACAAAGAUAUAAAAAAGGGCGUGAGGGGAGCGAAGAAGAUGGAGGCCUUGCUUCCUGUGUUGCAACGGCACCCUGGCAUGUCAGUCUUGGUGUGUGCGCUGAUGUUUCGGGUGGCCCACCGACUCCUACAGCAGCUGCCUGUGCCCAAAGUGGUGGCGGUGGAUGACUUCCGCUCUUGGAAGUGGAGAAACCUUGCAGUGUCUCUGGUCCACUCCCUCCUGACAGGGACUUGGGCUGUGACUUGUGUGAUCAUGUGGCCUGAGAUGGCAACCAACAUUCAUUCCUUCUACACAGCCCCUGCCUACAUGCUCAUCUGCAUUUCAUCAGGAUACUUUGUACAAGAUGCAGGUGAUAUAAUCCUGACUGGACAUGCCAGGGGAUCCUGGGAGUUCUUAAUUCAUCAUGUCCUGGUGCUCUGGUGCUUCCUGUAUGCUUUGUACUCCCAGAUAUAUGUGUCCGGAGCCGUGGUAGCUCUGUUUGUGGAGGUAAACAGUGUCACCCUGCACCUGAGGCUGAUGCUGAAGCUAGCAGCACAGCAGUCAUCCACUCUUUACCAAAUCAACAAGUUCCUCAACCUCUUCACAUAUGUCUUUUUCCGACUCAGCGCACAAUUCUACAUCACAUAUUACAUUGUCCGGAAUUACUCCUGGUUGGAGAGGGGAGGCUACUUCCUGGUUACUAUGAUCCUCAUGAACAUCAUGAUCCUGGUAUACUUCUAUCGUCUUCUCCGUGCCGACUUCUUCCCCCGAAACAGAGCUUCCCUGCAACGAAAUGGCACCCACACCAAUAACGUCAAAAGGUUCCUGACUGAGUGACCCAAAGAAAGACACAUUGUCUUCACUGACAUGUUUUGUUUGUUUAUUUUUUGGUGUAAUUCAAGCCAUCUCAUCCAGUUGCAUUGUCAGCCUGUGGCAUUCUAACUAUAUUAACACAGCUCUCUUGACCACAAUGGCUUGUGCUGUAGUGAGAAUUGGCCAGGAGAGGGUGGGGACAGUGGAACGUCCACUAUGCUGUCCCUUCUCUGAUGAUGAGUAGGCCCACUGGCCGAAAAGGGACCUCACAGACACCCAAGCAGUGCCAAACUAGUCAUGUCCGCUGACUGGGAGAACACUAACAUAGCUUAAGGAGACUGUGCUUUGGUGCCAUGUUUGCUUCUCACAGCUAAUUAAUACAUGUAUGUAUUUUAUUGUAUGGAAGGAAUUGGAUUCUUGGGGAAUGUUCUUUACAGAGGGAGUAUGAGUUCUAACAAUGUUGUAAAGGAACUGUAGAUUUUUUUUUUUUAAAGAUGUCAGGCACCACAUGUUCAACAUCCUGCAAUACAAAUUGUCAGGUGUAGCAUAACAACUUUGCUUUAUUAACAUUUUCAUUAAUGGGAUUUAGUAAAUGUGCUAUCAUUAAUGCCUUUAGUACAAUCUAUAUUUCAACUAUAACAGCUGUCAGAUGAAACAGGUUUAUUUAAAUUUCCUCUGCUUGGUAUGAACAGAUAUACACAUGCAGAUGCAGUACAUUGUUAACUAGCACUCCUACAUCUGUGACCGUUCCUUGAUUCCAUAACUCUUACAAUAUUGAAAUAUGUGAAUGUCCAGCCAGUUCUAAAUGUUCUUGAUGUUAAAGCAAUCACAUACUGUGUCCCUUUAUCCAAGUGAAAAAACCAAAAUCGACUGGUCAGGAGGAUGGGUCCUGGUAAACCCCAUUUGUGCCUAUACCAAAAUGCUUUCUCAAUAACCUUGCUUAAAUAGUCCUAGUGUGUCUAGAUGUGACAGAAGAGUGUAGGCAGAAAUCUCUGUAGAUCUACAAUAAAGGUUAAAUGGUGCCUUUGUUUGUAGAGACAUACAGGCUUUACUAAACUGUUUCAAAGAAGAAUGCAAAAUUAUUAAAAGGUUUACAAUGUAAAA